UUGAGCUUUGAACAAGACUUGCUCUUGAAAAGCUAACUAAAAGAUUAAAGAAACAGGUAAUUUGUGUGUGAGCCACUCAGCUCCUUCUGCAGAGGCGCGGCGGCGCGCAGGUGGGCGUGGCGUUUAUCGUUACGUAGUUCCUUGGUUCCUUGAUCACGAGAGGGGACUUGCUGUGAAUUGGACGUCGUAGCUUUGGACAAGAACAAAACACAGCAAAGAGCAGAAACAACAACCCCCCCAAAAGCUGCCUCCAGAGCAGUGAAGUGUCUUCAUGGCAGUACGGAGAGGACACAUUAGGUACUUGAAAGCUCAACUGACCAACAUGCAGGAGGUGUAUGACAUGUCAAACGGCUACGAAGACCACAUGGGAGGCGAGGAGGGCAAAGAUGCCAAGACCAACCUGAUUGUGAACUACCUGCCUCAGAGCAUGACGCAGGACGAGCUGCGAAGCCUCUUCAGCAGCAUUGGAGAGGUGGAGUCCGCCAAGCUCAUUCGAGACAAAGUCGCAGGCCACAGUUUAGGGUACGGAUUUGUUAACUAUCUUAACCCUAGUGAUGCAGACAGAGCUAUCAAUACUCUGAAUGGACUAAGGCUACAGUCUAAAACUAUCAAGGUGUCAUAUGCACGGCCCAGCUCUGACACAAUAAAGGAUGCCAACCUGUAUAUCAGCGGCCUGCCUAAGACCAUGAUCCAGAAAGACGUGGAGGACAUGUUUGCUCGCUAUGGACGCAUCAUCAACUCCCGUGUACUUGUUGACCAGGCUUCAGGUCUGUCCCGUGGGGUGGCGUUUAUCCGGUUCGACAAGCGGGCGGAGGCAGAAGAUGCCAUCAAAGACCUCAAUGGCCAGAAACCGCCUGGGGCCUCUGAACCAAUCACUGUCAAAUUUGCAGCCAACCCAAACCAGGUGAAGAACACCCAGCUCAUCUCCCAGCUCUACCACAACCAGUCCCGACGCUUCGGAGGGCCCUUACACCACCAGGCACAACGGUUCAGGUUCUCCCCCAUGAGUGUUGAUCACAUGGGUGGCAUGGGAGGCGUGGGCGUUCCCGGGAGCUCCACCUCUGGUUGGUGCAUCUUCAUCUACAACCUGGGCCAGGAUGCAGAUGAGGGCAUCCUCUGGCAGAUGUUUGGCCCCUUCGGCGCCGUCACAAACGUCAAGGUGAUCCGAGACUUCAACACCAACAAGUGCAAGGGCUUUGGCUUCGUUACCAUGACGAACUACGAGGAGGCGGCCAUGGCCAUCGCCAGCCUCAAUGGCUACCGGCUCGGAGACAAGAUCCUGCAAGUGUCCUUUAAGACCAGCAAGGGCCACAAGUAGAGAGAGCUGGACGAUCAGGAGCAGGAGAGCGGGACAGACCGAUAACCGCGUGCCAGGCUUUUAUUGCAGAGAGUUAGAAAUACAAGUUGGCAAAGUUUGGCACAGCAAUUUGGUUUUUAGUGUGUUCUGAAUCUAAGCAGAUGUUCACUCUUCUGCAUCUUUGUACUUGUCUAAAAGAAAGUGUUAGACAGUUGUUGUUUUUUUUUUUUUUUCCUCUUUCUCAAUUUUUGCUUUGUUUUCUUUCCUUUUUUUUCUUUAUACUUAUACUUGGGGUUUGGGGACACUCUAAAUAUAGUUUAAAUUUUUAGGGUGUGGAAGGGAGGGGCAUGAAUACCAAGAUACUCUGACCAAUAACACAUUUAAACAUUUAAUUACCUGUAAGGCUAAAUAUUGUCCUCAUGUGCCGCAUGUAAAAUAGUCACUAAAGGGACUAGACAGAGGAUUCAGGCCUGCGCACACUGAGCAAAGGCUCUUAGCAGUUCACUGUAAAUACCGAUCGAGUAACAGAAGAAACCCCUGCACACUGCUCUUCCAGUGUCACACAUUUUGCUAGAUAUUUUGUGGUAUGUUCAACAGGAUGAAGCGCGGAGAGGCAGGGGUGGUUUACGUUUUGGAGAAGCAGUUCUCAGUCCUGGACUCUGGCUCCCAUGUAGGAAUAGAUGCCUUAAACUAGAGCUGCAACUAAUAAGUAUUUUCAUUAUCGAUUCAUCGACUAGUUGUUUGGUCCAUAAAAUAUCAGAAAAUGGUGGGACUUGUUGAUUACAAUUUCCCACAGCCCACGCUGACAUCCUCAAAUCUCUUGUUUUGUCCCAACCAACAGUCCACAACCUAAAGGUUUUUAGUUUACUGUCAUAGAGAACUAAAGAAACCACAAUCAGAGAAUUUUUGAAAUUUUCUUGACUCAAAAUGAUAAAUCGGCUCUAAAAAAAAAAAAAAAGUUGGUGAUUUAUGUAAUAGAUGGCCAGUAAUUGAUUGUUUGACUAAUCGUUGCAGCUCUAUCUUAAAUGAUCAUCCAGCAGACACUAGACCUUCCACGCCACUCAUUAUGUCUUGAGUCAGUCUAAGAGCAAAGCACUUUUAAUCAAUCUGUUUUAGGCUACUAUGAAUAUCAGUCUUUUUUGAUGUUAUCUGUGACUUUUGCUUACCCUCUUAUUAGGAUAGUAGUUUUAAACAUGGCAGGCUUGGCUCUGGAGGGAGAACGUGUUUUGUUUGUUUCCUAAUCUGUGUAGGGAGUGUCUCUUAUAAAUAAGUCGUAUUUACGAAAAAGAGUCUGUUGAACAACCCCCAGUCGAUGAGUAGGGAAUUGAGAUGGACCAAAGACAGAGAUUUGAUUUUAUACCCCAGACAAUUCUGAACAGGUUUUGAGUUGAGUUUGAGUUUUUGAAGAUGUAGUAAGGCUAUGUUUAACACUGACUGAGAGUAUCAGCACUCUUUGGUUCAGUUUGCUUUUUUGUUUUUGUUUUUUUUUUCCUCUUUUUUCAUUGAGUUUUCUUUUUGUUUGAGACUAAUUUCUUCUUUUUCCAGAGGCGUAGAUUUAUAUUCGUUAAGUUAAAACUUGUUUGAUUAACGAGUGCUUAUCUCGAGUUUGUGGAGAAAUUAAUGGCCUUUGUUAAUGAUUUCAGUUUAGAUUUGCUUUUUUUUCUUCCUUUUGUUUUGAUUGUUUCUCUUUGAACAUAAACCAUUAAAUUUUAUUUUGUUUUGCUGAAAGUUUUGUUUGGUUUGUUUGUUUCUUUUAUUUACAUUAAGAUUUCUUUUGGAUUUUGGUUUAGACUUAAUUUUUAAAGUGACGAAACUGCAGGCCACCAUAUCUUAUUCUCAGACAUCAUCUUUGGCCACAUAUCUGGAUAGAAGUAGUUUUCAGUGUUUGAUAGGUUACACAGGCAAAUAGAGCAACUUUUUGCAAAAAAAAAAAAAAAAAAGGUUUCUGAAUACAAAGCGUUACUAUACGAUGUCAGCACUAGCGGAAGCAUUUGGCUGUUCGACAUUGGAGAUCUUAGACCUAGAUGGUCUGAAGAUUAACAUACCAUAUGGACCAAUU